UCUACGCGCCAUAUUCUUGAAUCCUUUGUCUCAUAUAACAAACGCGACGUCUACAAGUGUCAGUCCGCGGGCAUCGAUUACCAUUUAAACCCACCCUAUUCAUGUUCAUACUCACAUGCGGCGAGGCGGGGCGAGUCUUCGCUAUUGGCAGUUUCUACAGAACAAGGAACCAUUCAUAUCAUAAACACGACUAAGAGGGAUCCUUGGGACCCUGAGCCUCUUCGUACGACAAUACAGGCCCACGACAAUGGUGUCUUCGACGUUAAAUGGGACGAAUCCGAUGCACGCCUUGCUACUGCUUCUGCCGACCAGUCGACUCGGAUUCUCUGUCUCUCUACCAACACGGUUCUUCAUUCUUUACGUGGCCAUACGAACACUGUGAAAUCUAUAUCAUGGGAUCCUUCAAACCCGAAUUUGCUGAGCACUGGAGGAAAAGAUGGAGCUAUCUGUUUGUGGGAUCUUCGAAUCGGUGAAGGCCGCGUAGAUGGCGAGUCACUUCCGCCAGUAUUAUCCAUUCCCGGGGCACAUGAGGAACUGGCACCCUUGGAAACGAGCAACAAGCGGCGGAAAUCCAUUUCUUCCGCUAAAACGAUCACAAAUGUGAUCUACAGCGACACCUCAUCACACAAUCUAAUCAGCAGCGGCUCUUAUAACGGAAUAUUGCGUUGUUGGGACGUCCGAUCGCUAACGAGCUCGAAGAGGAGGAUACCUAGAUAUAAAUUACAGCAGCCUCUCUUCGCUUCGUCCGAGGAUCCCACCAGUUUUCACGGCUCGCGUCGUCCGAGAGGAAUAAUUAGUCUUGCAGAAGGCUCAGGUCCUACGGCUGGACUUCUCUUUGGACUGGGUACCGAUUCUCGUGUACAUACAUACACCCGAUCAUCGUUAUUACCGAUGUCCAGCAGCUAUGCUCACGAGCGGAUGCAGACGAACUCUUUUUAUAUUGGUUUGGGCAUGUCACCGUGCGGCCGCUGGCUUUCUACGGGAAGUACGGGUCGAGGAAGUGCUUUCUUGUAUGAUGUUCAUAAUGCCUGGAGACCUUUUGCGGCAGAAGAAAGAGGCGUCGAACUGCAGGGCCAACAAGGGGAUGUCGGAGGGGUAGCAUGGUGUAGUGAAGGACUAGCAACUUGUGCCGAUGAUGGAACCGUCAGGGUGUGGAGGCCUGAUGUAGACGCGUAUCAUCGUUGCCUCGAGCGCCCCGAGGAAGAGAAAUGGCAUUGGUGUUGGUCAAUAAAGAGUUAA